AUAUAACGGUGUGUACGAUUCCUGGUUCAAUACACACUGCAUCGUCUCAAAGAUAUCGACGACGUUCAGAGUCAAGCCUUCGAUGCCCUCUUACGAUCAUCCAGAGACAUACAAGGCCUACGCUUUCCUGGAGAAAGGCGGCGAUCUCAAACCUAUUACCUUCAAAUGGCGCGACCCUGAACCGGGCGAGAUUGUCGUGAAGGUUAUUGCCUGCGGUGUAUGUGCUGGCGAUGAGAGCGGAAAGCUCGGCGUCUUUCCUGGAACCACCUAUCCCAUUGUCCCUGGGCACGAGAUCGUCGGAGACGUAGUGGCCAUCCCUAACACGGAGAAGAAAUGGAAGCUCGGUCAACGCGUUGGCGCAGGCUGGCAUGGCGGUCAUUGUCACGAGUGCAAGCGUUGCUCGGUGGGCGAUUUCGUCACAUGCGAAAAUGGGGUCAUCAACGGUGUCACUCGCCAUGGAGGCUACGCAGAGUACAUAACUCUUCGCAGGGAAGCGGUCGCUGCGAUUCCGGAUGGUAUGGAUCCCGCAGAAGCUGCGCCUCUGAUGUGCGCAGGCGUCACGACCUUCAAUUCACUUCGCAACAUGUCCUGCAAGCCUCCUCAGUUAGUUGCCGUUCAGGGCAUCGGAGGCCUCGGCCACAUAGCUCUCCAAGUUUCCAAGGCAAUGGGUUACCGCACAGUCGCACUGUCUUCGUCUCCAUCCAAGGCCGAGCUGUCUAUGCAGCUUGGCGCCGAAUUCUAUCUGGACGGCUCCAAGGUCGACCAGGGUGCAGAGCUACAGAAAUUGGGCGGGGCUGCCUUGAUCAUUUGCACGGCACCGAACAGUGAUAUCAUGACCGGCCUCAGGCUCGUGGAAGGUCUAGCUGUGAACGGAGAGAUCCUCAUUCUGGCUGCCGUGCCAGGCGGCACGAACCUUCCACUGAUCUCUCUUCUGCACAAACGGGCCUCUGUUCGCGGGUGGCCGGCUGGCAGCGCUGCGGACAGUGAGGAUUGUUGCAAAUUCGCCAAGGCAAAUGGUGUCAGAGUCAUGGUCAACAAAUUCUCGCUCGAACAGGCCCAUGAUGCCCUCGAGUCCCUUUCCUCGGCGCGGUUCCGUGCCGUGAUCAUGCCGUAGUCUGGGCGUACAUCGCCAUCUUACAUAGAAUGCCUCGAAGCUGUAUACCAGGGCUACUCAGAGAAUGCAUAGCAAUGAAACAAAGUCCUAUGGCGG